GAGGAAGUGGCUGCGGCGCCGCGCGGGGCCCAGAGCCGGUUCGGCGCGUCGACUGCCCAGAGUCCGCGGCCGGGGUGCCCCGAGGAAUUGAGCGGCCAUGGCCUACCACAGCUUCCUGGUGGAACCCAUCAGCUGCCACGCCUGGAACAAGGACCGCACCCAGAUUGCCAUCUGCCCCAACAACCACGAGGUGCACAUCUAUGAGAAGAGCGGGGCCAAGUGGGUCAAGGUGCACGAGCUCAAGGAGCACAAUGGGCAGGUGACAGGCAUCGACUGGGCCCCCGAGAGCAACCGAAUCGUGACCUGUGGCACAGACCGCAAUGCCUACGUGUGGACGCUGAAGGGCCGCACGUGGAAACCCACCCUCGUCAUCCUGAGGAUCAACCGCGCUGCUCGCUGUGUGCGCUGGGCCCCCCAGGAGAACAAGUUCGCUGUGGGUAGUGGCUCCCGUGUCAUCUCCAUCUGCUAUUUUGAGCAGGAAAAUGACUGGUGGGUGUGCAAGCACAUCAAGAAGCCCAUUCGUUCCACUGUCCUCAGCCUGGACUGGCACCCCAACAACGUGCUCCUGGCCGCAGGCUCCUGUGACUUCAAGUGCAGGAUCUUCUCGGCCUACAUCAAGGAGGUGGAGGAGCGGCCAGCACCCACCCCAUGGGGCUCCAAGAUGCCCUUCGGGGAGCUGAUGUUUGAGUCUAGCAGUAGCUGCGGCAGGCUCCCCGCUGACGUCGCGACUCUGGCCUCUGAAACGCUGCCGCUGCUGGCCCUGACCUUCAUCACCGACAACAGUCUGGUGGCAGCGGGUCACGACUGUUUCCCGGUGCUGUUUACCUAUGAUGGCACCACAGGGACGCUGAGCUUCGGUGGGCGGCUGGACGUGCCCAAGCAGAGCUCGCAGCGCGGCCUGACGGCCCGAGAGCGCUUCCAGAACCUGGACAAGAAGGCGAGCUCGGAGGGCAGUGUGGCCUCGGGCGCUGGCCUGGACUCGCUGCAUAAGAACAGUGUGAGCCAGAUCUCGGUGCUCAGCGGGGGGAAGGCCAAGUGUUCCCAGUUCUGCACCACAGGAAUGGAUGGUGGCAUGAGCAUCUGGGACGUGAAGAGCUUGGAAUCAGCCUUGAAGGACCUCAAGAUCAAAUGACCCAUGAGGCAUAGGUGGCCCUCAUCCCAGCUGCUGGGGGAGGGGGUCAGGGAGGCUAAGGAUUGCUUUGCUGAAUGUUUGUAGGGUAGCAGUCUGGGUCCCCCGGGGACUGCUCCAGCCGGGGGGGUGGGGGGAUGGGAGGGGAAGCUUUUCUGACCUAUUGAAGGAACAGGUGCCUUAUUCUUAUAAAGAGCUGCUUUCAUUUGUUAAAAACAAAAAUGUUCUCAAAGCACUGUGCUGGUCAUGAGCUGCAACAACGUGGGUGUAAUAAAAAAGCAAUCUUA